AUGCACGCCGGCUUUCUCCUUAAACUCAUCGUAUUCACGAUCGCAGUCUCUGCUGCGCCGGCCCAAAGAUCUCACGCCGCGCAUUCUUCAAGCUCUAUUAAGAACCUGAAGAGAAAUAUCCAGAAUGUUGUCGUUCUGGAGAUGGAGAACCGCUCCCUAGAUAACUUAUUGGGCGGUCAGACAAUUGAGGGCCUCGACAACCCCAUCAAUAAUGGCCCCUUCUGCAAUCCUUACAAUCUAACCGACCCUUCACAAGGCAUGGUCUGUAGCAGUGCCAAGGACAUUGAUUCUAUUCUUGAUGACCCCGAUCAUACGAUAACCGGUAACAAUAUCGAGUUUUAUGGCACAUUUACCCCCAAUAAUGUCGAUAUUGCCAGCGGCAAACUGAGUCCGGAGCAGAAGGGCUUCGUAUAUGAGCAGCUACGUCAAUAUGAUGGAGAUUAUACCAACAGGACCAAACUAGCGAAGGAGAUCCUCAACUAUUACACCGAAGACCAGUUACCGGUCUUGACGAGCCUAGUGCAAAAUUAUGUCACUUUCAAUCAUUGGCACUCAGAUCUCCCUGGGCCCACCGCUCCAAACCGCGCAUUUGUCCUUUCUGGAACUUCCGCUGGCCAUGGAACCAAUGACGAAGACUUCAACGCAGACAAGCAUGGCCUCACCCAGCGCAGUAUAUUUCAACAGCUGUCCGAGACCAACCAUACCUGGAAAAACUAUUACACCGAUCCUGCCGAGCAAAUGGUAGAUGCCUGGUUCUUUGACUGGACUUUUGCCAGUGGCAACCAGCAGCUAGCCGUACCUUUGAAUGAGUUUUACUCCGACGCAGCAGCUGGUACGUUACCCGACUUCAGCUUCAUCGAACCAUCGUGCUGCGGCCAGGGCACGACCUCAAUGCACCCGACGGGCCUAAUCUCUGAUGGCGAAACCCUCAUUAAAGAUGUCUACUCUGCGCUUCGAGGUAGCCCCAAUUGGAAUCAAACCCUCUUUAUUUUGACCUUUGACGAAACGGGCGGCUUUCACGACCACAUUCCGCCACCUUUGGCGCCACGACCUGAUGGUUUUACAUACACCGAGGUAGCUCCGAAUGGUGAGAAUUACACAUUUUCCUUUGACCGACUAGGGGGUCGUGUCCCGACGCUCCUCAUAUCACCGUGGGUGGCCAAGGGCUCAGUGGAGCAAAAGGGUACCAACUCCGAUGGAGAGGCGGUUUCGUACUCCGCCUCGUCACUGCUCAGGACACUAGGAUAUCUCUGGGACUUUGAACCAUUUACGCCACGUGUAAGUGGCUCUGCAUCAUUUGAUCAUCUGAUACAAAGCACAAAACGAGAUGAUACCCCUUUUUCGCUCCCAGCGCCGAAGCACUUUUAA